AACAGAGACGCAGCCAUGCCCGGUAACUUGGCGGCCGCGCUACGUACCGGGCCUUGCUGGUAGAUGCGCCCGUGCCCGUGCCCGCUGGCUAUAAAGCACCAAGCCCGCCGAGCCGAACCUUGGUUUCCGCUUCAUCGAAGUAUCGAACCUGGUGCGUGAGAUCGCGGAGGAGACGAUGAUGCAAGUCCUCGUGAAGACGCUUGCGGGGAAGACCGUCAUUCUCGAGGUUGAGAUCGGCGACACUGUCGCCACCGUUAAGGCGAAGAUCCAGGACAAGGAAGGUAUCGCCGCGGACCAGCAGCGGCUCAUCUUCGCGGGGACGCAGCUGGAGGACGGCCGCACCAUGGCCGACUACGGCAUCCAGAAGGAGUCCACGCUUCACCUGGAGCUUGGCCUCCUCGGCGGCGCCUACUUCUGCUGGCGGAUCUCGCCAGCCCUCCUGGCCCUCGCGUACAAGUACAACGUCAACAAGAUGAUCUGCCGCAAAUGCUAUGCUCGCCUGCCGCUUGGCGCCAAGAACUGCCGAAAGAAGAAAUGUGGCCACAGCAACCAGGUGUUUCUACCAUCAGCAUCUGUUGGCCUUAUUACUGACUCCAAAUACGGUUUGCAGUUAAUUUUUCAGAGCUGUUAUUAGUUGGCAUCGCUGUGGUCUAGCUUAGGUACCAAGCUCAUGCUUAGCAUUUUAGAGCUUAUUGUUGUUCAGAAAUGUAAUCCUGCUUUAUAUUUUGGUUCAUGCUGUGUGUUAGUGUGUAUGAUCCAUAUCUCUCCAGUUUCAGAUUUGGUUGUAUGUUGCGUGCCGGUGCGCGUUUCAGAUUUAUAGUUGCGCAUUCUGUGCUCCAGUAUCUCAACAAAAUGCUCUUCUUAUUUAAGAAUUAUUUGUAACAUUUCAUAUAUUCUAUUUUUUAAUUAUUUAGACAUAGCGGCUGACGAUAGCAUUGUCGUAAUUUCAGUGAUCAAUUUUCUUUUCCUUGUCUGGUCUGAUGUAUUUUGCCCAA